AUGUCCCACAAGAGAUUCCACCAAAUCGGUGGGGCGCUGCGUUUCGACGAUAAGCUUUCCCGACCCCGACGCCAUCAGGACAAGCUGUCUGCCUUCCGCAAGGUGUGGGAUUUGUGGACGCAUUGUCUGGAGCUGCUGUUUAACCCAGACAGAGACAUUUGUAUCGAUGAACAGCUGGUCCCAUUCCGAGGAAGGUGUAAGUUCAAACAGUACAUACCAACCAAGCCUGCGAAAUACGGGCUAAAAAUAUGGACUGUGUGUGACGUGAAAACGUCCUAUGCCUGGAGAGUGCAGCUAUACACCGGCAAAGCUGGCGAUCGUGCGGAGGUCAACCAGGGGAUGAGCGUGGUAAUGGAACUAACUGAGGGGCUCAAGGAGCUUCCGCCUCAGUUGCUCCGGACAAGAGAGAGAGCAAUCUUUUCCUCCGCCUUCGCCUUCACGCUCACCCACACCGUCGUUUCGUACGUCCCCCGACGUGGGAAGAAUGUGCUAUUGUUGAGCACGAAACACCGCACUCCCGAUGUAAGCGAGGAAGAGAAGCGAAAGCCAGUGUUCAUACAGGAUUAUAAUAGGUGCAAAGGAGGUGUCGACAACCUUGACAAGGUUGUUGGCACCUACUCCUGCAGGAGGAAAACAAACCGCUGGCCAGUGGCUCUCUUUCACAACCUGCUGGACGUCUCACUGUACAAUUCGUACGUGCUGUGGACAGCAAUUGGAGGAGGCUGUAUGUCGAAGAAGUGGGAGAAGCUUUGGUACCAGGGGCGUGGGGCUUAA